ACCAUGUCUUUCCUUGUAGUUUGAUGAACAUGGGGAAAAGCUUUACUACCUACCUACUGUUCCAAGCAGAGACAGAGAGUGGGACAAGGCCACCAGGCAUGUGGAGGGAAAAAAUGCCCCAUUUUGUACCUGUUUGGACCGUGGAGAUGAGAUAAGGGUCAAUAGGAAAGGCUCCGUUUUUCUCACAACACACACAAAUGACAAAACCAAAUAAUAGAAAUAUUACAGCCAAGUUGGCUUAUUUUAUUCUGUGUUUCUUCCUUGCAUCUUGCUUGGCUCCACUAUCUAUAUCAAAUGGAGAGGUAGAAUCACAGCCUGUUGGUUAUGGUCACAAGGUCGUGUCAGCUAGAGUUGAUCCCUCUGUAAAUGUUUUGGCAGCUGAUCUUCAACUCAUCAAGAAUUCCUCUACUUUUGGUCCUGACAUUCAGAACCUCAACUUUAUUGCCAGCUUUGACACAAAAGAUCGUUUGAGAAUUCGGAUAACAGACGCCAACAAGCAAAGAUGGGAAAUCCCUCAAGACAUAAUUCCACGCCCAAAACAUAACCUCAGCUUUGGACAAAACCAUGUCCAGUCCUCAUUGGCAAACUACAUUCUUUCAGACCCCAAUUCUGACCUCUUCUUCACCCUUCACAACACCACACCAUUUGGCUUCUCCUUGUCCCGGCAUUCCUCCGGAGAUGUCCUUUUCGAUGCGUCUCCGAACACAUCCGAUUCUGAAACCUUUUUUGUUUUCAAGGACCAAUAUAUCCAGCUUUCCUUUUCACUCCCAAAAGAUAGGUCUUCUCUUUAUGGCCUCGGAGAGCAUACAAAGAAGUCCUUUAAGUUGGAACCUGAUAAGACGCCGCUCACUUUGUGGAAUGCUGACAUUGCUAGUGCUGUUCCUGAUGUUAACCUUUAUGGAUCCCAUCCCUUUUACGUUGAUGUGAGAUCAGAAUCUCUUGACGGUAAAGUUAUAGCAGGGACUACUCAUGGUGUUUUGCUGCUUAAUAGUAAUGGAAUGGACAUAAUUUAUGAAGGUGAUAGGAUCACUUAUAAGGUAAUUGGUGGAGUAAUUGAUUUGUACAUUUUCGCCGGGCCUUUGCCUGAGUUAGUAGUACAGCAGUAUACCGAACUCAUUGGCCGGCCUGCUCCUAUGCCAUAUUGGUCCUUUGGAUUUCAUCAGUGUCGAUGGGGUUACAAAAAUGUUUCUGAUGUUGAAGGAGUGGUUGCUGGCUAUGCAAAAGCUGGUAUCCCUCUUGAAGUUAUGUGGACAGACAUUGAUUAUAUGGAUGGAUUUAAGGAUUUCACACUUGAUCCUGUGAACUUCCCAUUGGAAAAGAUGAAGAAAUUCACCGACACCCUUCACCAAAAUGGUCAGAAAUAUGUGCUCAUCUUGGAUCCUGGUAUCAGUGUGAACACAACAUAUGGAACUUAUAUCAGAGGGAUGAAGGCUGAUGUUUUCAUCAGACAUGAUGGCAUUCCUUAUAUGGGAGAGGUUUGGCCUGGAUCAGUCUACUUCCCUGAUUUUCUUAAUGAAGCUGGCAGAGAGUUUUGGAGCAAUGAGAUCAAAUUGUUCCAUGAACUUCUGCCAUUUGAUGGUCUAUGGCUAGAUAUGAAUGAGAUAUCCAAUUUCAUAACUCCAUCUUCUACCGAAUUCUCUAAGCUAGACGAUCCUCCAUACAAGAUUAACAAUGCUGCUGUUCAAAAACCUAUUAAUAACAAAACCAUUCCUGCAACCUCUCUACACAAUGGAGACAUUGUAGAGUAUAAUGCGCAUAAUCUUUAUGGCCUAUCAGAAUCCAAAGCCACAAAUGCAGCUCUAAUCAAUGUGACUGGUAAAAGGCCUUUCAUACUUUCAAGAUCAACUUUUGUUGGCUCUGGUAAGUACACAGCACAUUGGACUGGAGACAAUGCUGCCACAUGGGAUGACUUGGCAUACACCAUUCCUUCGAUUUUGAAUUUUGGGCUGUUCGGUAUACCAAUGGUUGGUUCUGACAUAUGUGGUUUCUCUAGGAACACAACUGAAGAGCUUUGUCGACGUUGGAUUCAGCUAGGUGCCUUUUAUCCCUUUGCAAGAGAUCACUCAGCAAUAGAUUCAACACGGCAAGAGCUUUAUUUGUGGGAUUCUGUUGCAGCAGCAGCCAAGAAGGUGCUCGGUCUCCGGUACCAAUUACUUCCCUACUUCUACACGUUAAUGUAUGAGGCACACAUGAAAGGAACCCCAAUAGCAAGACCUCUUUUCUUCUCAUUCCCUCAAGACAUCAAAACUUACGGAAUCAACUCGCAAUUUCUAGUCGGCAAAGGAGUUAUGGUAUCACCUGUAUUAAACUCAGGAGCAGUUUCAGUUGAUGCAUACUUCCCAGCAGGAAAGUGGUUUGACCUUUUCAACCACACCAAUUCAGUUACUGCAGAUUCAGGAAAGUACAUCAAGCUUGAUGCUCCGGCAGAUCAUAUAAACGUUCAUGUUCGCGAAGGAAACAUCUUGACCUUGCAAGGUGAAGCCAUGACAACUAAAGAAGCUCGAAGAACAGCAUUCCAUCUACUAGUAGUUCUUAGCAGCAAUGAAAACAGCACAGGGGAGGUUUUCUUAGAUGACGGGGAGAGCGUGGAGAUGGGAGGGGAGGGAAAGAAUUGGAGCUUAGUGAGAUUUUACGGUGGAAUAGUUGGAGAUAUGGCAAUGGUUAGAUCAAUCAUCAUAAAUGGAGAAUAUGCUCUGAGCCAAGAAUGGAUUGUAAGCAAAGUAACAUUCAUCGGAUUGGAAAAGACCAAGGGGUUCAAGUGGUAUGAGCUGCAGACUCCCAAGGAAACAAAGAGUGGAAAUUCAGGUACAGUAGCAAGCUUCAAUAGCAAUGGAGAACUUGGCAUGCUAGAGAUGUCAGGUUUUUCUCUAUCACUUGGAGAGGAGUUCAAGUUAGAGGUGAAAUUAAGCAUUUAAGCAUUGCCAUAUCACUUUUGCCAGCAGUUUAUAGUAAUAAAUCAAGCAAGUGACUCAAGACUACUAUCCUUGGAAUUCAUACGGUAAAUGAUAGGAUGAUGCCUCUGCAAACUUCAGCAACCAAAUCAUCUGGACAUUGAUCUGCAGAAACGGUCGUCUCCGUGUUCAACAGUUUUGAGAGGAAGUUUCGGUCGUUGAAAGCAAAGCUGUAACGCUAGUCCGUCCACAUUGAUGAUUAAAUUAUAGUACAAUAAAUCUCUUAAAAUCUAUUGAAGUAGCAGUAGUUGAUGGAUCA